AUGACAGAACCCGCCAACGCAUUGGAAUUGUCCCUCACUGACGCCGAAAAGCGAGCCCUGGAAAGAGCCAAGUGGCGUACUGCUUCUGGGUCCGCUUAUAUGAUAGAGCAUGGCACUCGCACCAGCACCAUUGGGAAUGUCCUAUGGACGAAUCCUGUUGCGUUGAUGGCCUGUCUACGCAGGGUUGGAGAGAAAUUCCUAGGCUGGGUAGACGAGCCUCUACCUCCAGAUACCAUCCGGGAGUCGGUGACCUUAUACUGGCUCACUGAAAUACUUCUUCGUUCCAUCUAUUCUUACCGGGAGCUAUGA